CAGGAACAACAACACGGAUACUAUUUCAACCACGUCGGUAGCUUGCUCGCCAACAUAAAACUGAAAGAUUGACGUUUUAGGCCAUGUUAAUGUACAUUAGCUAAUCGCAGUGUUUAAAACACAUUUCAGUUGACGUUAACUUGAACCUAAUGUGCUUGUUCAAUUUGCAAAUUUGUUAAAGAUUGAUACUGAGCCGAGCACUAGGCUAUUCGCUAAUGCUAACUAGCUAGCUAACAUCCCUGACCAUGAGCUCAUUAAACUACUCAUCCCCUGCUAAAGAAGUGGAUGUCUGCUGUCCGGAGAAAGAAGCUCUGGCGCUGAACAUUGUCGUGAAAGACGAAGAGGAGGAUAUUACAGUGAAAGGAGAGAAAGAACCGUUCAGAAUGAAAAAGGAGGAAGAGGAGGCUGUUAUAGGGAAAGAAGAGAAAGCAUCCUCUUCCUCUCUAAAAGGUUCUAUCUCAGUAAAGGUGAAGGAGGAAGACGUUUUGGGAGUGAAAGAGGAGGAGACAGAAUAUCAGAUUAACACCAGAGAGAGACAUGACUAUCGUGGAUCCUCUGGGGAGCCUCAACAACAUCCUAAUGCUGACGAGACAGAGAAGAGUCUCUCCAGAUCAGAACACCAGAUGGACAAUGCUCGCCCUUCCGCCCUCCCGGAGACCCUGUGUCGUGCCUCUCCUGGUAGCACGUUACUGCUGGGUAUGAAGAGGUUGUCUGUGCUGCUGGUAGACUGCAGGAAAACAACGGGGCUGAGUGGAACUGUGAGAGGAGGAGAAGAGAAGAAAGGAUCAGAUUUGACACAUCAAAGAGAAAGACCAGACUCAGAGGAACCAGAGCCAGGGACGUCCAAACCAGCAAGACGACACCAGUGCUCCCACUGUGGAAAGGGUUGUAACCGGUUAUGGGACGUGAAACAACACGAGAAAAUACACACAGGGGAGAAGCCUUACCACUGCUCCCAGUGUGGAAAGAGUUUUAACCAGAAAGCACACCUGAAAGCUCACGAGAGAAUACACACAGGGGAGAAGCCUUACCACUGCUCCCAGUGUGGAAAGUGUUUCAACCGGCCCGGGCAUCUGAAACUGCACGAGAGAAUACACACAGUGGAGAAGCCUUAUCACUGCUCCCGGUGUGGAAAUAGUUUUAACAAUUUAGGGAAACUGAAACGACAUGAGAGAAUACACACAGGGAAGAAGCCUUAUCACUGCUCCCAGUGUGGAAAGAGUUUUAUCGGUUUAGGGAAACUGAAACGACAUGAGAAAAUACACACAGGGGAGAAGCCUUACCACUGCUCCCAGUGUGGAAAGGGUUUUAAUGAGAAAUCAAACCUGAAAGUUCACGAGAGAAUACACACAGGGGCGAAGCCUUACCACUGCUCCCAGUGUGGAAAGAGUUUUAACAAUUUAGGGACCCUGAAACAACAUGAGAGAAUACACACAGGGGAGAAGCCUUGCCACUGCUCCCAGUGUGGAAAGAGUUUUAACAAUUUAGGGAACCUAAAACAACAUGAGAGAAUACACACAGGGGAGAGGCCUUACCACUGCUCCCAGUGUGGAAAGUGUUUCAUCCGGUCAAAGGAGCUGAAACGACAUGAGAGAAUACACACAGGGGAGAAGCCUUAUCACUGCUCCCAGUGUGGAAAGAGUUUUAACAAUUUAGGGAACCUGAAACAUCAUGAGAGAAUACACACAGGUGAGAAGCCUUACCACUGCUCCCAGUGUGGAAAGUGUUUCAACCGGUCAGGGGGGCUGAAACGACACGAGAGAAUACACACAGGGGAGAAGCCUUUCCACUCCUCCCAGGGUGCAAAGCGUUUGCCCAUUUAGGAAGCCUGAAAGAACACAUGAGAAGGCUUACAAAAUACCAGCGACUCUUGUGGGGGACCGGGAAAACAUAUGACUCAUCACAGUCACUUCAACUUCAUGAGAGAAUCCACACAAAAGAGAAGAAUUACUUGUAAUAUUGAUAUUUCACAUCACAUUGACUUAACAUUCAUCAGAGAACAUACACAGUGCUCCUGUUGUCUUAUAUUGUUGACUGACAAUGUGUUUACCUGUCUUUACCAGAUGAAAUUAAAUGGUACAGGGUAUACUCAAACAUAUAUUUGUUUGUUUUUAUUAGAAAACAUGAAUUGAAUAUGGAGUAUGUCAGUUUGAAUAUAAAGAAGAUCAGGUUCCUUCUUUUAAACUGUCCUUUUUAAAACUCUUUGUGUGUUUAUCUGGGUGUGUCAUUCCUCCAGCACUACAGAUAAUCAAGUGAUAUUUGGAUGUGAUGCAUUAGUUCCAUUGUUGACAUUUGCAAUGUUGGACCACUGAUGAUUUAAUGAAAUGAAAAUGUUCAGACUCUGUAAUUGAAAAUGUUAAUUGUUUGUGUGUCCACAUCACUGAGUAUGUGACUAACCUUGUGAAACUGUCCUAUUAUAAGCUCCUGUUCUUGGGACUAUCAUUCUGCGUUGCAAACCAGCUGCACCUGCAUCCUUGUAUGAAUAAAGUCCCUCCCAGGAACAGGAAACUAUAAAGAUAUGUGCUAAUCACUCAAUGCUUCAGGAAUUCAGACUGUCUACACUGUGCUGUGUAACUCUGUUAUUCUCUCUGAGCUCAGAAAUAAAGAAUCUUGGUUUGA